AAACUUGAAGAAUUAAUGAAUGAUCGAGAAGUUAAUAGUAGUAAUAGUAGUCCUACGCAUAAUUUUAAUUUUCAUGAGACACCUGAUCAUCCUGAGGCUUAUUUCACUAGUAGAAUUUUGGAAUUUCCACAUUUGAAAGAAUUUGAAUUUAAAGAAGUAGAUUUACAAUCUCAAGAGCGAUUACAUAUUGAUGAUUUUAGGACUUCGGAUUUCAGAACUUCGGAUUUUCGAACUUAUGAUCACAAAACUGAAGUAGAUUCUGGAUUUAAAGAUGUCGAUUUACAAUCUCAAGAACAAUUACAUACUGAAUAUAAUACGAAACAAUAUCAACUUUCGUUAGAAGAUCUUCCAUUGGAUGAUGAAGUUAUUCCUUAUGCUGUAGGGUUUUAA